AUGUCCAAUGUCAGAACUACACAACGAGUGCCUCGAGCUUGUCGAAAGUGUGCCGCCAAACGAAUAAAAUGCAAUAAAAAGGUUCCUUGUGACCAGUGUAUAAAGCGCAAAAUAGACCAUUUAUGUGGUCGAGAAAAGGUAGUUGUAAAAGGGCAAUUGAGAAACGAACCGUGGGAGUUUCGAGUGGAGGAAUUGGAAACAGAAAAUUCCAAGCUAAAGAACGAGGUUGAAGCAUUGAAGCUGGAAUUGAGUAGGGUUGAAGGUGGAAAAAGAAAGUACACAAAAACUACCUUUGAUCUGUUCUUCACGGCGGUGCAUUAUGCCCUUCGAGGAUUCGCCAGCGUUGAAGAAAGAGACCUUAAAAUGACACCAGAGAAAGCUCUGCUCUUACGUGGCACUCUUACCAGACAUAUGUCAGAAACCCUUGUGAAACACAAUUUCGAUAUGCUCUUUUGCUUGCAUAUGGCGGUGUACCCUGAACACUUUUUUGUGGAACAUGAUAAUUUUUGGAAAUCCGGUACUGCUGACCAGGUGACUGGAAUAUUUGAGGGGCUCUCUCGUCAACAAUGUCGAUGGCUAGCUCUUUGGUAUUCGUUACUCUCUUCUGCAUUAUUUUUUUCUGAUGAAAAUUUGACCCAAACUUUGGAAAGUUCUUCUGAUGAAUUGUUUCGUCUUGCACAGGCUACCUUGGCAGCCAGCUUGGAGUGCCUCAUGAAAGCAGAGUUUAUGACCUAUCCCGAUAUCACCACGGUUCAAAUUUUUUGCGUUCUUUCGAGCUGCUUGAAUGGCUUUGGUGGGUUUCAUUUGAGCAAUUGUCUCCUAGAAGUUGCAAUCUACGUUGCCAAAUCUCUCAAUUUGAAUCGGUUGGAUAACGUGAAGAACCUCCACUUGUUUGAGCUUGAAUUAGGGAAACGUAUGUGGUGGACGUUAACGGUUAUUGACUGGUUGGAAGAUUUUAAUAGAACACCAUUGAUUCGACGAGGAUCUUUUUCUACUGGAAUUCCUCGAAACUACACAGAAAGUGAACUACUACUGAGAGAUUCCGAUGCCAACGAGUCUCAACUUUUCUUGCCAGUUACGUUCCAGCUUCAGAUGAUCCAAAUUGCAACAAUCAAGAGAAUGCUUUACUUUGACGACAAUAUCGACACCGUCAAUGUAACGCAAGAAAAACUACAAGUGGCUCAUGCUGAACUUAAUGAGCUUCGCCGUUUUGCAUUAUUAAUGCUAGAUAAUACCAAGCAAAAGCAAGGAGUAUCGGCUUCUUUAGCUUUUCAAGAGUUUCUCCUACAUUUACGUUUCUCCCAUGAGUUGCUAGAGGUCAACCGGAUGGCUGCAAAUUUUCUACUGAUGGCUGAAUGGGAGUCAACUCAUAGACUUGUUUGCUUGGAAAGUGCCCAAGCCAUGAUUAAUCUUACAUGUGACGAUAGAAACAAACCAUAUCGAAAAUUUUGGUUCGUUGCAGACCACUGUAUGAGCUCGUGUAUCUAUCUUUUGGUCGAUAUACUAUUCGUGUCUCCACUAAAAGAUCCGGAUGUAAGGCUUGAAACCGUGCAACGGUGUGUGCCGAUCUUGGAGGAUAUUCAAGAUAUUCAAAUUGCCGGAUCUGGAGGUCUACAACUCAUGAAAAGACUACUUGAUCUUGUGAUAAAACAAACGAGUAACUAUAGCUGGAAUGAUACUGGUAUGUCAGCCUUAUUGGAGAAGUUGAACCUGGCUCCUACUAUGCAUGGAGGAUUUCUGCACUUAUUUGACAAUUCACCAGCAAGAGACUUGGACUUGGAUCUGAACUGGACUGAUUUCUGGGACUGGAUUGCAAAAAACCCUUCUGACCAGUUCAAUAUGGCGACCAAUCAGCUUCCACCAGGGUGA